CUCUCUCUAUGUAUACAGUAUAAACGAUCCCCUCUCUCAUUCCCAAAGAAUACAGAAACCCAAAAACCUCUCCUUCACUUAAAACAAUGGGUACCCCAAGAGGAAGAGGAAAACGCAACAUCCACUUCUCCCUCCUCCUAACUUUUCUUCUUCUCCUCCACCUCCCCAACGCCAUUUCCAACCCCAUCAAAACCGUCGUCGUUUUGGUAAUGGAGAACCGCUCCUUCGACCACAUGCUCGGUUGGAUGAAGAGCCUCAACCCCAACAUCAACGGCGUCACAGGCUCCGAGUCCAACCCGCUAAACACCUCCGACCCGAACUCCAAGCGCUUCUUCUUCAACAACCAGGCCCAAUACGUCGACCCCGAUCCGGGCCACUCCUUCCAGGCCAUCCGCGAGCAGAUAUUCGGCUCCAACCACUCCUCGGCCCAAUCCGCUCCCAUGAACGGCUUCGCCCAACAGGCCUUCUCCAUGGACAACACCUCCCAAAUGUCCCACAAUGUUAUGAACGGCUUCCACCCUGACAUGCUUCCUGUCUACAAAACGCUCGUUUCUCACUUUGCCGUCUUCGAUAGGUGGUUCGCCUCCGUGCCGGCCUCGACGCAACCGAACCGUUUAUUCGUGCACUCGGCGACCUCCGGCGGCGCCACCAGCAACGUGGCGGCGAAGCUGGCGGCGGGGUACUCGCAGCAGACAAUCUUCGACAGCCUGUACGAGGCGGGACUGGACUUCGGAAUAUACUACCAGAACAUUCCUGCGACGCUAUUCUACCGCAACCUAAGGAAGCUGAAGUACGUGCCGAAGUUCCACCUAUACGACUUGUCGUUUAAGCAGCACGCGAAGGAGGGGAAGUUGGCGAACUAUGUUGUGGUGGAGCAGCGGUACAUGGACACGAAGCUGAUCCCGGCGAACGACGACCACCCGUCGCACGACGUGUACGAGGGGCAGAAGUUCGUGAAGGAGGUGUACGAGACGGUGAGGGCGAGCCCGCAGUGGAACCAGACCCUGUUCCUCAUCACGUACGACGAGCAUGGUGGGUUCUUCGAUCACGUGCCCACGCCCGUGCGUGGGGUGCCCAGCCCUGAUGGGAUUGUGGGCCCCGAGCCUUUUAACUUCACCUUUGAUAGGUUGGGAGUCAGGGUUCCCACUAUUGCUAUCUCACCUUGGAUCGAAAAGGGCACAGUUGUGCAUGGGCCAAAUGGGUCACCGUCUCCUACAUCGGAAUAUGAACACUCAUCUAUUCCAGCAACAGUAAAAAAACUCUUUAACUUGCCUUCAUUCCUGACCAAGAGAGAUGCUUGGGCUGGAACCUUUGAGGGCAUUGUUCAGACCAGGAAAGAACCAAGGACUGAUUGCCCAGAGACACUUCCAGACCCUGUAAAGAUCAGGAAGACAGGGCCUAAUGAAGAUGCCAACCUCAGUGAAUUUCAGCAGGAGUUGAUCCAACUUGCAGCAGUUCUUAAAGGAGAUAAUAUCUUCACUAGUUUCCCAGGUACAAUAGGGAAGGACAUGACUGUUAAGCAAGGGAAAGAUUACAUGGAUGAUGCAGUUAGCAGGUUUUUUGAAGCAGGUCGUUAUGCAAGGAAAAUGGGUGUGAAUGAAGAACAUAUAGUUCAGAUGAAGCCUUCUUUGACUACUAGAUCAUCCAGAUCUGCAAACACAAACCCUUAGAAAAAUAAUAAAACAUGUAGCAUGAGAGGGAGGAAGAAAUGAAAACAAUCAAUGUAAUACAAAUACAUACAUUUAUACAUAACUGGAAAAGAGCCACAUGUUUUCGAUAGAAAUAUUGCCAAGUUCUAUGGUAUCCAUGGGAUUUCAUUUAUUUACCAGAUUCUCUCUAUUUUCUUUUUUGAGGUAUGGUGUAGAUCUCCACUAACCA